AGCCCGAGCCGGGCAGCCUGUCCCGAGGCGGAAGCCAGCGUGCCGUCAUGGAUGAUAGACCCCUGCCCAGCGGCAUCAAAGUCUUCACCACAUUCCCUGACGCGCUCUUGAUCUUCGAGUUUGUCUUUGGGGGCCUCGUGUGGAUCCUGAUCGCCUCAUCCCAGGUGCCCCUCCCCCUGAUCCAGGGCUGGGUGAUGUUCGUGUCCGUGUUCUGCUUUGUGGGCACCACUAUCCUGUUCUUCCUGUAUGUAACUGGCAUCGAUGACAAGGUUAUUAAGUGGAUCGACCUGGAUGUAACCUACCACUGUUUGGCUGCCGUGUUAUACUUCAGCCUCUCCGUCCUGGAAGCUUUGGCUGUCAUCUCCAUGGAAGACGGCUUCACGUAUGAACAUUUCCUUGAAAACAUCGCCGCUGCGGUGUUUUCAUAUGUAGCCACUCUGCUGUACAUGGUCCAUGCGGUGUUUUCUUUAAUCAGAUGGAAGAAAGCAGCAAAAGACACUCAGUGGGAAAGCCAGAUGGUGAUAACUCUCCGGCCGCCUUACAGCUUUUUAGUAUGAAGAAAGACUCUCGAUGGUAGAGAAAAGUAACCAAAAGAAGAGCAACGUUGUGUGUCUU